AUCUCUCACUCCUUCUCCAUCCCGCCGCCCCAUUACUCCCCCCUCCCCCCUCCAUGGCUUGCGAGCUCCCCAUUUCCCAGCGAGCCGCGCCGCCCAAACCCUCUCCCGCCCCCAUCGCGGUGCUCCCCAAAGGGCUACCUCCAUCUUAUGCUGCACAAAUACCAGCGAGAUCUGGGUGGACGGGACACGGGCGAUAUCGUCAUCAACCGCCGCCCCCUGGCGCCUUGUGCGGGGUGAGGGGUGCCGCACCGCCAAGCCACGAUCCUCUCUCCUCUCUACCAUGGUGUAAGUGGUGCGGGGAGGCCCGUGCGCCGUCGACGGAGAUCUUGCCCGUAAGAUGGGCUGUGAGUUUGGACUUCGCCGUGGCCGCUGCUCAUUCCGCCACCGCGCUGCGUGCCCUCACUGCCGACUGCACCCAGUCCGCCUCUGCUGUGUCCUGCGCUGGGUCGGCAUCCCAUUACCUGCAGGACCAUGGCCCUGUGGCGCCGACGUUGUCGACCACAGCAAUGCUGACACUGCCCGGGAUGUGUACUGGGCUGAGGCUCUGUGAUACGAGUAGAUCAUCCAAGAGGGUUCGCACUUGCACAUCAGUGUUCACAAGUAUUCCCUCCAUAAAGAAAUAUAAGAGCGUUUAGAUUACUAAAGUAGUGAUCUCUCUAAAUGCUCUUGUAUUUCUUUACAGAGAGAGUACUACUAGUAUGUUUUAGGUUGUUGUUGCUGCUCCUUCGAGUUGUGAUAUUUCUGGCGUGAUCUCCAUCCAGAACCAGGAAUGUACAUUUGAAUUUCUGAUUUGAGAU